CUUCUGCUUUCACUGUCCCGUCUCUGUACUGCUGGUAUUUGAACAGCCGUUAAUGGGCUUCUUCUUUGCUGUUUUGUCUAUUUAACAAUGAAGAAACAACCUUAAUGUGUUUUAUUGCAGAGGUUUGACAGCUACGCCGCCAUAGAGUGGAAUUUGAUGAACCUGGACGUUUGAUAACAGAGCUGCAGAGCAUCAUCUGAUCCAGCAGACACAACCAUUGAAUCAUUGACAUCUCUCUCUAAAAAUGAAGACGGACAUCGCUUACAACCAGCUGAUGGACGUGGAGAGGAGGAGACGAGAAUCCGACAGGAAAGCAGAGUUGUAUUCCAGGUGUGUGAUCGCUCUGGCCACGGUGUCCACUGUGCUGCUGGCCGCCAUGGCCAUCUACAACCUCCUCACACCACGGGUUUCCUCGUCACAUCCUGCCCCGAGCAGCAGCCUUCAGCUGACCCAGAGAGAGACCUGCACCGACCCCUGCAACAUCGUUCUGGUGGAGAGCAUCCCUGAAGGUGUGGAGUUUAACUCCAGCGUCACUCACCCCUCCAUCUUCCAGGCCUGGGUCAACCUGAUGGCUGAGGCUCGCAGCAGUGUGGACAUCGCCUCCUUCUACUGGACGCUCACCAACAAAGACAUCGGCACUCAUGAGCCAUCAGCCUAUCAGGGUGAGACAGUUCUGAAGAAAUUAUCUGAGCUUUCAGGGAAGAUUACUGUUCGGAUCGCCGUCAACACACCGCAGGAGAGUCAACCCCAGGACGACCUCAGACUGCUCAAUGAUUCAGGAGCUCAUAUAAGGACUGUAAACAUGAGGAAACUCACCUCAGGCGUCCUCCACACAAAGUUCUGGGUCGUGGACAAGAAACACAUUUACAUCGGCAGUGCCAACAUGGACUGGAGGUCUCUCACGCAGGUGAAGGAGCUGGGUGCAGUGGUCUACAACUGCAGCUGCCUGGCUGCAGACCUUGAGAAGAUCUUUGAAGCCUACUGGUUCCUUGGGGAGAGUCAGUCCAUCCCGUCACCGUGGCCCAUCAGCUUCUCCACCCUCUACAAUAAGGACACGCCACUCCAGCUGCCACUCAACAAAACACCGUCUGCUGUUUACCUGUCGAGUUCCCCUCCGUCUUUCUGCGCUGCUGGCAGGACUCCAGACCUCCAGUCAAUCCUUAGCGUGAUGGAGGAUGCACAGAGCUUCAUCUACGUCGCUGUCAUGAACUAUCUGCCCACCAUGGAGUUUUCUCAUCCUAAAAGGUACUGGGCCGACAUUGACACUCAGCUGAGGAAAGUGGCGUAUGAAAAGCGGGUCAGUGUGCGUCUGCUGAUCAGCUGCUGGGCCAGCACUCAGCCGAUCAUGUUUCCCUUCCUCAAAUCUCUUGCUUCAGUGUACGACCCCAAGAGCAAGCUGGACAUCCAGGUGAGACUGUUUGUGGUUCCUGCUACCCCUGAGCAGAAGGAGAUUCCAUUUGCUCGAGUCAACCAUAACAAGUACAUGGUGACCGACAAGAUAGCAUACAUAGGUACGUCUAAUUGGUCAGGUGACUACUUUGUGAGUACAGCUGGAUCUGCGUUGGUUGUGAACCAGACUGCGUCAGGGUCCCCGAAGCCGAGCGUCCAAUCACAGCUGAAGGCGGUCUUUGAGAGAGACUGGGACUCUGACUACAGCACUCCUCUCACCCAGAACACAAACCUCAGAAACUUGUGUUAGUUUGGACCGCGUUAGCUAGAUACUUCUUCUUCUAAGUGCACAUUUAUUUUACUGUUUGAAUCCACAUGUUGUCUGUACCAAUGAGCAGAAACAAGCAACAGGUCAGUGAAAAGGGAAACUUUACUAAGGCAAGCAGAGUUUCAGCAGGCUAAGGUGGAAGGGAAGAUUGUGGACUUUCAGUAACUCUGCUUUACAGCUUUAUAAUCCUUUAUGACCUCGGAGUAUUGUGCCAAGUGAUACUGAAAUGAGUGCCGGUCAUCCAGUGUCAGAGGUGAUUCAAGGAAGCCGGAAUAGAAUUAACUCUCUUUGCUGACGUUACUCCUGUGGAACAUCAAACCAGGUUGUAAAAUAUCAAGUCACAGCAUUUAACCGUCAGUGUUUCUUUUGAAACGUAAGCAUGCAUGAUUAACUGGAAUUAUUUUAUCAGGGUUUUUUGGUCGUGUAGGGUCAGUAGCAGCAGAGGACGCUGUGCCUGGUCACUGAUGUUUUAGCCGCUUUCUACAGUCUCAUAUCCUUCAGUGAUCUAUUCAUUAAAUCUUUUCUAUUUUAAACAUUAAUCAAAAGUAUGAACUCUGCACAACCUCAGCCUCAAUAGGAGUUUAUUUAAUUUUCUAAGCUCAUCUCAGGGAGGAGAGAUUGGCUUUUUUCCUUUAUUUUCCUGGAAUAAUGAACUCGUACGUGUGUGCUGUGCCUGUGCUGUAAGUAAGAUGCAGGUUUUUGAAUCGUGCUCUGAUUCAUUUUUUGAACAUAAAUAGAUUUAAUUUGAAAGUCUGCGGUGCACACAGUGGAUUGAAGGUUUGCAGCAGCUUUAAAUGAGGAUGAACAAAUUUAAUUUCCACUGUGUGGAGUGAUUGAAAACUACCAAUUAGCGAGGAGGCGGUUGUUAUGGCGACCCUCCAAAGAAGCGUGUUUUCUUGCAGAGUGGGGUUAUGAAAGCUUCAGAGCUGUUAUGGUGUAUGUGUCAUUAUCUCUCUCCUCUUUUUAAAGAAAAAUUCUAAAUAAAUGACUUUGGAUUAAAACUGAGCCAGAGUAUUUUUCACUGUAUGAGAGUUUCCUCACAUACAGUGCUAUAAAAAGUAUUUUUCCCUUUCCUGAUUUCUGACAUUUUUUGCAUAUUUGUCACACUUUAAUGUUUCAGAUAAUCAAAAAGGACAAAGAAAACCUGAGUAAACACAAGUACAGUUUUUAAAUGAUGAUUUCAGCGUUUUGGAUAAUUGGCAGAUAGUCUCUCACAUCAUUGUGGAAGAAUUUUGGUCCACUCUUCUUUACAGAAUUGUCUUAAUUCAGCCACAUUGGAGGGUUUUCAAGCAUAAACUUUUGAGGGCAUGCCACAGCAUCUCAAUCAGAUACAAGCCCAUACUUCGACUACUCCACUCCAAAACCUUCAUUUGUUUUACUAAGUCAUUCAGAGGUGGACUUGCUGGUGUGUUUUAUUUUUUUGUCCUGCUGUAUAACCUAAGUUCCUUCAGGAUUUUCUAUGGUUCCAUCAAUUUCUGCAAGGCAACUGCAGACCAUCACGCUUCCACCACGUUUGACUGUUGGUCUGAUGCUCUUACUAUAAAAUGCUGCAUUAGUCUUAGAUUUAAUGUCUACAAAAUCAGCUUUUGCCCGGUCAGUUAACAGAAUAUUUCUCCAAAAGUCUUGGGGAUAAUCAAGAUGUUUUUUGGUAAAUGUGAGACGAAUAUUAUGGUUAA